AUACAUUCAUCCAAUUAUCAUUCUACGCGCACAACAGAGUCAAUUGCGUUGCUUCGGUAAGAGGCGCAAUCGUGUCGUACAAAAAAUUCGCGAGAGCACACGGGGGAGUCGUUGACACAUUCCACGAAGCAAAAGUCGCCGUAAUUAUCAUUGUUCACGGCAACUCACGAUCAUUUCUGCCUGCAAGUGAAUUCAUCGGCCUCUGUCUCUCUCUUUCGCUCUUUUCUCCAUCUCUCUUUCUUUCUCGUUCGCGAUGCACUCGGGCAGGCGGCGAGCGGUAAACAGAGAUAAGGCCUCGCGCGAGAAGAUAUCGAGUUUUUUUCGGCCUCGCCGACUCAGUGCAGUCGAGAGUCGCAGUGCAAGCUGGGCGAAAUGUAUCGAAACUUGAAAGUCGCGACGAGCAGUUGCUCCGAUGGUCUGAUCCUGUGGACGAGGGAGCUGCGGAGGCUCUAUCGCAGUGCCGCUGCGGGAGUUUACGGCCACAGGGAGCGACAGCCACGUGAUUAUCAAGUCGACAAAGCCGAUCUGGAGCUGCGUGCGAAGAACAGCAACUUUUACCGACUCGUCAGCGCUUAUCGAGAAUUCGGCCACAAGCAGGCCGAUAUAGAUCCGAUACGGCCAACCAGACCCGUCCCUCUAGCCGAGCUCAACGCCUCGAGAUACGGAUUGAAGGAGAGCGACCGCGUCCCGUUGCGAGGUUUACUGGCCGGCGAAAAUGACGAGUCGAGCAGCCUCGCCGGAGCCUUGGACGUGUUGGGCCGCCUCUACUGCGGCACCAUGUCGGCCGAGUUCAGCCAUCUCGAGACGGAGGAGGAGCGCGAGUGGUUUGCUCGGAAUUACGAAGCCAUCCAUCGGGAGCCGCUCGACGACGAGACCAAACGCGCCAUAGCCCGAGAGAUGCUCAAGAGCCAGGCGUUCGAUCGCUUCCUCGCCGUGAAAUUCGUCAGCGUCAAGCGCUACGGUGGCGAGGGCGCCGAGAGCAUGAUGGCCUUCUUCCACGAGCUCUUCGAGCUUUCGACCAGGAGCUCGCUCCGAGAGCUGGUCCUCUGCAUGGCCCACCGUGGCCGGCUCAACUUCCUCACGGGCAUGAUGAACUUCCCGCCGGAGAAGCUGUUUCGCAAGCUGCGGGGCUUGGCCGAGUUUCCCGAGGACGCCAAAGCGACCGGCGACGUUAUCAGCCACUUUGUCGCCCACACCGAACUCCAGUGCAACGGCGAGGAUAAGCUGAGCGUCGGUAUGCUCUACAAUCCGUCGCACUUGGAGGCCGUCAAUCCGGUCGCCAUGGGCCGAACUCGCGGACUCCAGCAGGUCCACCGAGACGGCGAUUACGCGGACGCCGAAGCCUCCAGGUGGGCCGACAAGGUCCUCAACGUGCAGAUUCACGGCGACGCGGCUUACGCGGGUCAAGGAGUCAAUCAAGAGUGUCUGGCGCUGUCGGGCGCGCCCCACUACGAGAUCGGCGGCUCCAUACACAUGGUUCUGAACAAUCAACUGGGCUUCACCACACCGGCCUCGAGGGGAAGAUCGUCGAGGUACUGCACCGAUCUAGCAAAGUUUAUCGCGGCACCGGUCAUACACGUCAACGGAGACGAUCCAGAGAUGGUCGUCAGAGCCACGAGGAUCGCCUUCGAUUAUCAGAGGAAAUUCCGAAAAGACGUCUUCGUCGAUCUAAAUUGCUUCCGACGCUGGGGACACAACGAGCUCGACGAUCCAACUUUUACCAAUCCGCUCAUCUACAAUAUCAUAAAUAAUAGACCAUCGAUACCGGAUCGCUACGUGGAACGACUUAUCGAGAACAAAGUUUUGAGCCACGAGGAUGCCGCCGAAAUAGUGAACAAACACACGUCGAAGCUGAACAAGUGUCUAAAACGCGUCGACGAUUAUGAGCCAAAAGCCACUUACUUUACGGGACGAUGGUCGAUGCUGAAACAAGCCGACGCAGCCGUGACUACUUGGGACACGGGCUUCGAUCUCGAUCUCUUGAGGUACAUCGGCAAGAAGAGCGUCGAGUAUCCCGCAACAUUCAGAGUUCACCCGACGUUGAAAAAGAGCCACGUCGAAGCGAGGCUGAAGAAAGUCGACGAGGGCACGAGGCUGGAUUGGUCGACGGCCGAGGCCAUGGCCUUCGGCAGUCUGCUGCAUCAGGGCUACAACGUGAGGAUCAGCGGCCAAGACGUCGGCCGCGGCACCUUCUCGCAGAGACACGCCAUGCUGGUCGAUCAGUCCUCGGGCGAGAUGCACGUGCCUCUCAACGCCAUGCACAGCGAUCAGAUGGGCAAGAUCGAGCUGGCCAACAGCAUCCUGUCCGAGGAGGCCGUGUUGGCUUACGAGUACGGCAUGAGCGUGACCCUGCCCAACGCACUGAUCAUUUGGGAGGCGCAGUUCGGCGACUUCUUCAACGGGGCUCAGUCGAUCAUCGACACCUUCGUCAGCAGCGGCGAGACCAAGUGGAUGACGAGCACUGGCUUGACCGUUCUCUUGCCUCACGGCUACGACGGAGCUGGUCCGGAGCACAGCUCUUGUAAACUCGAACGAUUUUUGCAAUUAACCGACAGCCGAGAGGACAAACCCGAUGGCGACGACAUAAAUAUGCACAUAGUCAAUCCUUCCACUCCGGCUCAGUAUUUUCAUUUGUUGAGGCGACAGAUGGUGAGAAACUUCAGGAAGCCGCUGAUAGUAAUCGCACCAAAGACACUGCUUCGACAUGCAUCGGCGACUUCGUCUCUCAGUGACUUAGUUACUGGCACAACAUUUAAAUCAGUCAUCGGUGACGACAAAGUAACCGACAAAAAUGUUACGAAAAUCAUAUUUACAAGCGGCAAGCACUAUUACGCGCUCGACAAGCACCGGAACGAUUGCAACUUGCAAGAUGCAGCCAUCGUCAGAGUAGAGAGCCUCUGUCCGUUUCCAGUACUUGAGCUAAAUGAACAGCUUCAAAAGUACAAAAAAGCUCAAACCUACGUUUGGAGUCAAGAGGAACCACGAAAUAUGGGAGCUUGGAGUUUUAUAAAGCCACGAUUCGAAAAUCUAUGCGGUCGGAAGUUACGUUAUUCUGGUCGAGAGCCUCUAGCAACGUCAGCUGUUGGUAUUGGAAAAUUGCACCAAAGUCAGAGUGAAGAUGUCGUCGUGCGACCAUUUGCAAUGAAAUGAAACCGAAGAUUAGAGAAAAAAUUGUGAUUUGCUCGAAUUGAAGAAAAUCAAUUUUCGUUUUAAUCAGUACAAAUAAAAGACUUUAUGUAAUGAAAAAUAAUUAGUGCGAGGAUUACGACAAUUUAUAAGAUUGAAAAGAUAUUGAACCCAGGAUAAAAUGAACGUUUUUAAACAUUCUUUUGAAGUACUCUAAAAAAUAUUUUUCUCAAAAUUAAAACAAGUUAAAAAUAGCUGUUAAGGUAGAAAUAAAAUAAGUAAAAGUCUUAAAAAAUACGCAUAAUAAUUUUCAUUUGUAACCGAAUUUUAGUAACCCCUCGAAACUAUUAUGGAUCAAUCAUUAGAUAGGAUUUUUGCGCUAUAUACGAUUAAAACUUUUUUUUUUCUAAAAAAAUAUAAUUUACAGUUAUUCGUCAAAAAAUGUUCAAAAAUAAAAAUUUAAU